GCGUGGUAGUACAUCGCGGUGCCAUUCUAAGUUGCAUGUUGAAAGAGAAAGUGUUCUCAGCAGCAGCUCACCGGAUACCGCGAUACCGUCCGGUCGGAUUUUGCAUUCAGUGUGGAAGUACCUUCUCAUUAAUUAUGUUCAAAGUAUGGAUUGUGAUCGCGACGGUAUCCUUCGGAUAUGCCACAGCUGAUAAGAUCACUGCUGAUAACGUCCAACAACAGUUACUGUGAAGUGGUGUAAAGUAUCCAAGCGAAGUGUUAGAAGUACCAAAGCUGAUGGAAAAAGCUCCUUACAUAAAACAAUGUCGAGAGGGAGACUCAGAAAUGAUAAAAUGCUUCAUCGGAGCCAUCCACCACUUGAGGCCAUACUUGGCGCAGGGAAUUCCUGAGAUAGAACUACCCUCAGUAGAACCUUUCAAAAUGGAAGAACUCACCUUAUCUCUCACGACUGGACCAAAUGGAUACAGAGUUUCUCUGAAGGACAUCGACGUUUUUGGAGCUAGUAAUUUCACCGUCAGGAAAAUGAGGUUGAGUGAUGAGAAUAGGCCAUUCGAGUCUGUAAUCAAUAUUCCUGUAUUACGGAUCAAUUCACGGUACGAAAGUAGCGGAGUUCUGAUCAUCCUGCCAGCAAGUGGGAAUGGGACUUUCAAUGGACAAUUAGAGGGUGUGGAGGCCACAGUUAGAGGAAGGACAAGCAUCAAAGAGAAAGAAAGUCUGAAAUACCUCCAUGUGGAUGCUCUACAUGUCGAUCUAGUCGUGAGGAAUAUUCGAUUGCUAGUCAAGAACGUGUACAAGAAUAACGCUAUUUUAACUCAAGCAAUCAACCUCUUCCUUCGAGAAAACGGCAUGGAAGUCUUCAAAGUUAUGUUACCUCAGCUGAGGAAGAAGCUAGCCGUUCUAUUUAUGAGCAUAGCUAACUCGUUGCUCUCCCACGUACCACUUGAAGCAUUCUACUUACCAAAGGGACAAUAGUCGUACCUUGAUUCUUCUUACCCAGUGUUUGUACAUAUUUUGUUAUAUUGUGAAAUUUUAGUGUAGUUUAUAUGUGAUCUAUUUAAUGAUAGUAGGAAUAACUCGUUUUGUUAAAUAAAAUUUUAAAACUAUAGGAAGCUCAAUUGUUCCUGUGCAGAUGGACUUUGUUUUACUCCCCACGCCUGCUGACAUAGAAGUAUUGUAAUCGCCAAAAUUUUCGAAAAUGAUAUAUAGUAUCAUGUUUUUUGCAUGUUAUAUGAAACACAAAAAACCAUGUCACUCAUUUCCGUCGGUUAAUCUGUCGGUCUGUCCGCUAUAACUUGAGAAGUAACGCUCGGAUUUCGGUGAAAUUUUCACACAAUGUUACUACUAUAUCAAGGGCACAAGAGCUUUGUAGUCUUUGGAAAUAGGUUCAGUUGUGGCAGAGAAAAAGAAAAGGUCUAAAACGAAGUAAAAAUAGCUCCAACAUCGUUUUUUGACGUUUCAGGGGAAUUAGAUCAUUUUU